UCCAGUCAGAACGUGGUGCUGCGUUUUCCCCCACGCUUCGUUGCCCUAAAUUCUUCAACCCUUGAUAGGUAAAUUUCUUACGCUCGCCAAGCUAUUAAUGGUUAAACUACGUCGUGGGCGUAGCGGCUCCUUGUAAUGGCGACGGUGCCGUAGAUGUUCCCAGGUUUGUGAAAAUGAAGCGAAGAAGAAGUUAUUUCUUUUAAGUAAAACGCCGAGGUUCCCCGUAGGAGGACUUUGCGUCUACAACCAUCGUCUUUAUAAGUGGCAAAUAUAGCUGUACUUUUGAACUUUUACGCUCCCGAAAUGAUGAAGCUCAAGUCAAACCAAACCCGGACGUACGACGGGGAUGGCUACAAGAAGCGGGCCGCUUGCCUGUGCUUCAGGAGCGAGAGCGAGGAGGAGGUGCUACUGGUGAGCAGUAGUCGACAUCCUGACAAGUGGAUAGUUCCUGGAGGGGGAAUGGAGCCCGAAGAGGAGCCCAAUGUUGCAGCAGCUCGAGAAGUGUGUGAAGAGGCUGGUGUGAAGGGGACUUUAGGUCGCUUGGUGGGAAUAUUUGAGAACCAGGAGAGAAAACACAGGACCUAUGUGUAUGUUCUUAUUGUAACGGAGGUGCUGGAGGACUGGGAGGACUCAGUCAACAUUGGGAGAAAAAGGGAAUGGUUUAAAAUAGACGAUGCCAUACAAGUGUUGCAGUGUCACAAGCCUGUGCAGGCCACCUACUUUGAGGCUCUCCAGGAGAGUUGUCUGACCAGUAAUGGAACUCCACUGGUGACCACGAUAGGUGGGGACCUCUCCCCUACCUACAGCAUCAAUCAGAGCUCUGUUUCUGGGAUCAGAUAACUAAAACCACAACUCUGAAUACCCCAGGAGCUUUCGCCACCACCUGCGCUCUUACUUGUGUUAUUUCUCUUCUCUUCUCUUCUCUUCUCUUCUCUUCUCUUCUCUUCUCUUCUCUUCUCUUCUUCUCUUUCUUUUGUCUCAGUAACAUGGUUUGCCUUGCCAACUCCUUUGUGCCAGAAAUCUGGUGCAGACUCAACAAGUGUUGGAUGAAUAGUCCAAAACACUUUGUAAAUGUAAAUGUAAUUUUUGACCCCUCUUCUUUUUUGUUUUUGUUUUUACUGACAACUGCAUGAAGUGUCCCCUCAUUCCCUUUUCCUUAACACACCCUUAGCGUGGUGUUUAUUGAAUGCAAGAACUACUUUUUACUGUUGUAAUGUAAAAGUGUAUACUUAGUGCUUAAGCUGAAGGCUUUUGGUGGUCUUUUUAAUGUCUCCAUCUUUUUUUUUUUUUUGUUUUGUUUAUUUUUCUGUGAAUGAAUGUGCUCAUAAUAAGUGUACUCCCUCCCCUGUUUUAAGGAUAGGAAAAAUUGUAUCUGAACGAAAAGAAUUGUGGGAAGUGACUUGUCUUGCAUGAGCGCUAUUGUUGUUGCGUUUCACUCACUCGAGUGACCUGAUGCUGACUGUGUGACAGACAGGGUAAGGUCUUUUGGCUUUUCUUCACUCUUCUCCUGUUGUAGUUGUUCUUGUUAUGUUUUUUUGUGGUUUUGUUUUGUUGUGUUUUUUUUAACCUGAAGGAUACGGCCCCUUAAUUUCAAUAUUCUUUCCAUUUCUGUUUUCAGCUGUGUUUCUUUCCUAUUUGGGAAGCUAGCCAAGCACUACAGGUUUCAAUUUCAGAGCAUGCAUAUAUGUAUAUAUGUAUAUGCGCUGCACAGUGACUGAAAGAAUGUCAGCAGACAAUGUAAAAACCAUCUUUGUCCUCACUCUUCUCUUUUUGAUCCCUUUUUGUUUUCUUUGUUAAAACGCUUUCAUGUGACUGACUACAGAGUCUUCCUCCAAACACUGAGAGGGUGGAAAUAGUAGAUUUCAGAAUCAUGGACUUGUGUAAUUUCAAAGUGCAGCACAUAUCACUUAAGUUAUUAAAACAAUUUCCAUAUUUUACUCCUCACAUUCAGAUUGGUUAAAAGCAAUUGUUUACAUUGUGUUUGUAACAUAGUACAGAUGAAUUUAGCGGGCACUUUUCAUUAUGGUCAUGACUCUCUUUUUUUUUUUUUUUUUUUUUAAACCUUCCCUCCUUAGUAUUUAUUCUGCAUCCCCCAAAAUACUCAAAACACCUGCUUGACAUUAAACUGAUGUCAAACUGAUUUUGGCAAGAUGCAGAACAAACAAGCCUUGUACAGUUUGAGACCUUGUUUUUAACAUGUAAAAUGCUUUUUGGAUACUAUUUCUUUUUUUUUUUC